GCGCCUAGCGCGUCACGCCUGGUGUCUGGGACGCAGCUUGGAACCGGUCUUGCUCUGCGGAGCCGGCAGGUCCCCAGACUGCAGCUGCGGUGCUCACUCCCUGCAUCUCCCCGGCUGUCGCGGACUCAGGUGUACCUUAGCCCUGGUCAGUGCCAUGAUCCGGCAGGAACUCACCACAUCCUACCAGGAGCUGAGUGAAGAGUUGGAACAGGUGGUCGAGAACUCAGAGCAGGUGGACGAGCAGGACAAGGAGACAGUCAAAGUCCAAGGUCCAGGUGUCUUGCCAGGCCUGGACAGCGAGUCCUCCUCCAGCAGCCUCCGCUUCAGCAAGGCCUGCCUCAAGAACGUCUUCUCAGUCCUGCUCAUCUUCAUCUACCUGCUGCUCAUGGCCGUGGCCGUCUUCCUGGUCUACCAGACCAUCACGGACUUCCGUGAGAAGCUCAAGCACCCUGUCAUGUCUGUGUCUUACAAGGAGGUGGAUCGCUAUGACGCUCCAGGUAUCGCCCUGUACCCUGGUCAGGCCCAGCUUCUCAGCUGUAAGCACCAUUAUGAGGUCAUUCCACCUCUGAUGAAUCCUGGCCAGCCUGGCGACAUGAAUUGCACCACCCAGAGGAUCAACUACACACACCCCUUCUCCAAUCAGACCAUGAAAUCUGCCCUGGUUGUCCAAGGUCCCCGGGAAGUGAAGAAGCGGGAGCUAGUCUUCCUCCAGUUCCGCCUGAACGAGAGCAGCGAGGACUUCAGCGCCAUCGACUACCUCCUAUUCUCUUCCUUCCAGGAAUUCUUGCAAAGCUCAGACAAGGCGGGCUUCAUGCAGGCCUGUGAGAGUGCUUAUUCCAGCUGGAAGUUCUCUGGGGGCUUCCGUACCUGGGUCAAGAUGUCCCUGGUGAAGACUAAGGAGGAGGAUGGGCGGGAAGCAGUGGAGUUCCGGCAGGAGACCAGCGUGGUUAACUACAUUGACCAGAGGCCAGCUGCCGAGAAAAGCGCUCAGUUGUUCUUUGUGGUCUUUGAAUGGAAAGAUCCUUUCAUCCAGAAAGUCCAAGAUAUAAUCACAGCCAAUCCUUGGAACACAAUUGCUCUUCUCUGUGGGGCUUUCUUGGCAUUAUUUAAAGCAGCGGAGUUUGCCAAACUCAGUGUGAAAUGGAUGAUCAAAAUUAGGAAACGAUACCUCAAGAGAAGAGGUCAGGCCACAAACCACAUAAGCUGAAGCCACCUGUGUGACCAGGGAACUGCCCGCAGUCACGGAAGUCCUCAUCACUUCCAUUUUGACAUUGGAGCCACCAGCAAUCCUGUAUUUACUUGAAAAAAAAGGGGCCUCGCAGGGAGGAACAGCCUGUCAAACUGGAACUCCUAACUCAGAAAGAGGCUGAUUCCAGCUUGAUGGAAAAGAUCCAGUGGAUAACCUGAAAGUUAUUUAAGUAUUUAAAUUAUUAAUGAACAUUUCACAGAGCUGUCCAAUGCCUUAGGAGUGGGGCUGUGGAAGGUGCCUUUCUUCCUGUUUGGUUCACUGUAUAGCUAAGGUCCAGCAGGAUACUUAAGGCUCUCCUUUGUCCCUUAGGUUUUUCUUUGAUGUUUUUGAAGUAGACAGAAAAAAAAAUGUGAUUUUCUCUUUACCAAAAAUCCUGUCUACCAAGAUGUGCAGGUCAUACUUUGGAACUUGUGCACUGUACUCAAAACCCUUUGACAUCCUCUACCAUCUGUGUUGUCCAGGCUCUGACUAAGCUCUCUGAAUGUUAACUAUUAAAUGAGACUUUAAAAGCCACUAGAAACUAGUGAUUAAAUUUCUCGUGGACUCACUAGUCUCCACCUGCUCUGGGUGGAGUCUGUGCAGGUCUAAGUGAUUAACACUCAAAAGCACUAGGAGAUGUACCUAGCAGGUGCCUACUCAAGUAUAUUCUGAUUUCAUUAACAGGUAAAUAAAAGUUGAGUUAAUACGAAA